ACUUCAGAGUGGCUUAAAAAAUCGCAAUCAUUAUUAGCAAUCUUACUCCUUCUAUUAAUUACACGACAAAUAUGUAUAUCUAAGAAGUAGGUGUGAAAAUUUUAAGAUUAAUUCGCCGAUUCGGAGCUAUUUUCCUCACCGACUAUGAAAAAAAAAUAAAAAUAAACUUUUUGAAAUUCACAAGUGGUACACCUUAAGUGUCACUGAAAAUACGUACAUAUAUGCAUAAAUUUGUUUUUCUCAUGUUUGCCUUUAGUUUUCCCUACAGGGUAUUUGCUGACAUCCAAAUUGUCAAACAUAUCUAUAUAAAAACAUCUGUAGGUACAAAUGCAUGUACAUAUAUGAGUGUGUGUGUUUGUAUAUGCAUUCAUAUACACAAAAUUACAGAAAUAUGGAGGUUUGGGCAUACACAAAACGUUCAGUUGCUCAGCGCUGCAUAGCAAAGUUCAGUUCAGUGUUUGCUGUGCAUCGCAACCGAGUCGAGGUGAGUGCGAUUCCGAGUCAGUGGAUCCAGUCUAGUUUGUGCGCUCGCAUUUUAAGUACCCACAGAAAUAAAUAAAUAAGUUGUUUUGCUCUCUGCUCGGUAGCAAAAGAAGUGUAUGCUAUACAAAAAAGUAAAACAAAGAACUAAGGCUAGAAAAUAAAAGCAAAAGCAAAAAGUUUCAACAACAAAAAUCAGCAAACUAAAACCAUUACAACGGCAGGGCUUAUCUGAGGCACGUGCUGAGAAAUCGGUUGCUGUAGCUGUUGUUGUUUUGUCGGGACCACCAACUCAUUGCACCGAUUUCUCAUUUUCAGCUGGAGCGGCAGCGGCUUAAGGCGCACUACUACACAUACAGUUAAAUAAAUAUUUGCGAGCUGUCACUCACAAGCCGAAGUCGAACACGACAACUGACGCACCACAACGACUUCCCCAGCGAACACUACUUGGCUGCUGAAAUUAAAUAGCGUUUCUGGUGAAGGCGACCUUGACAUUUAGUGUAGACGGUGACGUGGAAGCUCGAUAAAGUUGUUGUAAGAUGUCCUCACCUAGCGCUGGUAAGCGACGCAUGGACAAUGACGUCAUCAAGUUAAUUGAAUCCAAGCACGAGGUGACCAUUUUGGGUGGCCUAAAUGAGUUUCAUGUGAAAUUUUUCGGACCACAUGGGACCCCUUAUGAGGGUGGCGUAUGGAAGGUGCGCGUCUACCUGCCCGACAAUUACCCAUUCAAAUCGCCAAGUAUAGGGUUCGUGAAUAAAAUCUACCAUCCGAAUAUCGACGAAUCGUCCGGCACUGUGUGUCUGGACGUGAUCAAUCAGGCUUGGACAGCACUUUAUGAUCUCUCAAAUAUAUUCGAAUCAUUUCUACCACAAUUGCUGACAUAUCCGAAUCCAGUUGAUCCGCUGAAUCGUGAUGCAGCGGCGUUGUACUUGCACGAACCGGAGGAGUAUCAUCGCAAAGUGGCCGACUAUGUGCAACGCUACGCCACCGAGGAGGCGUUGCGUGCGGCGCAACAGGAGCGAGAGAGCAGCGACAGCGAGUCGAGCAUGUCGGAUUAUAGUGAAGACGAGGCCCGUGAUAUGGAAUUAUAAUAUCGGUUUAUGGUUAAGCUAAUUAUAUGAAUUUGAAUUACAUUUAAAUAAACACAAAUACUAAAAUACAAAAAGAAAAAAGGAAAAAAAAAAACAAUACAAAAACAUAUACACACUCACACGCAUACUACCUACUACGUAAACUAAAAACAUACACACACACACACACACAUACAUACAUGCAUACUACAAUCCUACCUAGCAACUAAAUUAAACGAAGCAAGUGAAAAGAAAAUAAAAUAUACAUACAUACGUACAUAUAUAAUGGAUUAUGAAAAGGAAAUAUUACAAUUUUGAAAACCGAAAACCGUUAAAUGAGAUAAUGAUGUGUAUUUGUGUGCGUGCAUGCACAAACAUAUAAGCAAUAAUGGAGCCUGAUUGCCACGCGACAGGCAAAAGCAGCUUAAAGCGCUGCAUAGCAAGAACAAAAACAAUAGCGACGUGCAGAAUUCCAAAACUUUGACAUUGUCACUUACACAUACACACAAGCCAGCCAGGAGUUGUGCCAGCAAGAACAAGGCCAAUGUCAAUGUCAAGCCGAAUGGCUAAGUGCCUGCCUGGCAGUUAGUGGGCAGCGUGUGGCUACAACAACAACAGCAACAAUACCAGCUGCGAAAUUUCAGAAUUCAAUUUAACUGCACAACACGCCUCCCAAGGGGAGACGCACACAUCAGAAUUGCAGAAAUGCAGCGCAUGAUCCUUGCUUUGGCCAACAAAAACACGUAACUGCAAUGAACAACAAUAAAAACAACCGCAAUUGCAAAACUAAGCGACUAGAGUCAGCAGACGAUUGCUGCCGAAAGUCAGCAGCAUGCGGAGUAUGCAGUUAACAGUCGCGAACAGCAGCAACAAAAAAAAAACAUGGGAAAAUAGCAGCAAAAACUACAACAA